AUGCCGUCAGAGGAUGGCGGCGCGGGGGAGGACGGUUGCCUGACUGAGGGUUGCCUCCUGCGUGCCUCGCGGCAGUACGAUGUGGAGAUGAUCUUCCAGCUCUCGCUGCGCUCACGCGGUCUCCGAGCAUUGGGCGACGGGUUUGCGUAUUGUCGCGCACUCACGCGGGUGGAUCUGUCGCGCAACCGCCUCGCCAGCCUUGCGGGCAUUGCCCUCCUCGCCGACUCGCUCACGCACGUCGCCGCCCCCGAGAACGAACUUGAAGACCUGGCGGGUCUUGACCGCUGCUCGCUGCUGCAGGAGGUCCUCUUGGAGGGCAACCAGCUGAGCACAGAGGCGGCGCUUGCGCCCUUGGCGCAGCUCCCCAAACUCCGCUGCCUUUUUCUGCAGCGGGAGAUGCCGUUGUCUAACGACACGGAAGAAACACUCCUUCUUGACAACCCCAUUUGCCGCGAGCGUGGGGCCUAUGAGAAACUCAUUCGGCGACACUUCGGCGCCGUCCUCUGCGUCGACGGCCGCUGCUUUCGUGACCCACCUGCGGCGGCGGUAGUGGCCGAGACUGCGUCGUCGUCGUCGUCGUCAGCAGCCUCGACGCUGCUACUCGCAAACGCCGCCCUGAAGGACGUGAUCGACGUGGAGGACGACCUGGACGAGCGCAUCUUUGCUAACGCCGUGGCGGAGUGUCAUGCUGCGUGCCGAAAGGCCUUGCUCUCGUAA